GAGAGAGAGAGUAAGCACUCUUCUGUGAUACAUACAGUACAAGAGGAGACUCUUAAGAAAAAGCAAGUCUGCAAUAAGAAGAACAUUUUGUUCAACUUUGUUCAACAUGGAAGGAUUUGAUGUUUCUUUGAUGAAAUCAGUGAGUCGGCCAGAACUGAUUGAAUUUGAAGGCAUACAUAUGAGUCAUUAUUUCACUGACAACUGGGAGAAUAUUCAGAAUUUCCAGGCAAGACCAGAUGACAUCCUAAUUGCUACUUAUCCCAAAGCAGGGACCACCUGGGUGUCCUAUAUCUUGGACCUUCUCUAUUUCGGCAAUAUAGCACCUGAGCGUCAGACCUCAAUGCCCAUCCACGUCAGAGUGCCUUUCCUAGAGUCAUUCUUCCCUGGGAUACCGUCAGGGGUUGAAUUGGCAGAGAAAUUAACCACCACACCACGACUCAUUAAAACUCAUCUACCUGUUCAGUUGGUGCCCAAGUCCUUCUGGGAACAGAACUGCAAGGUUGUCUAUGUAGGUCGCAAUGCCAAGGACAAUGCUGUGUCUUAUUUCCACUUUGAGCGCAUGAACAAGGGACAGCCUGAACCAGGAGACUGGAACACCUACAUCCAGACAUUCAUGGAAGGAAAGAAGGUGUUUGGACCUUGGUACGAUCACGUGUGUGGCUACUGGAAGAAGAAACAGACAUACUCUAAUCUUCACUACAUGUUCUUUGAGGAUAUGGUGGAGGAUACAGGACGUGAGGUGGAGCGCUUGUGCUCUUUUUUAGGUUUAUCUACACCAAUAGAAGAAAGGGAGAGGAUUACAAAGUCCACGCACUUCGAUGCCAUGAAGCAAAAUAACAUGACCAACUAUUCUACUGUCCCAAUCAUGGAUUUUACAGUCUCACCAUUCAUGCGCAAAGGUAAAGUUGGCGACUGGAAGAAUCACUUCACUGUGGCUCAGAAUGAGAAGUUUGAUGAACACUACAAGCAAAAGAUGAAGAACACAAAUUUACAGUUCCGCACAGAGAUUUAGGACCUCAUGAGGCCUCAUAAUUUAAAUGUGAAUGUUAAUCCAAUUUAUUCAAGGGCAACCUUGUCCACAUGUAUUUUUCAUGCAGCACACACUGUAUGUGAUAUUAUGAGACAUUUUUGUAAUACUGAGAUUUAUAAUACUGAUUCAAAUAAAUCUUUUGAUUAAA